AUGAAGAGGAAGCGGAGUCCUGAAGCAGAACUUAUGGCAAAAACAAUUCGGCUUCCGUGUCUGGACCGGUGCACGGAUAUGCCGGGACUCAAGUGUGGCGACAAGAACAUUUUUCUAGGGAUGGCGGCUGGGUGA